CCAGGCCGACUCACCUUAUGGUUGGCUGCGGCUGGAGGUGGGCGGGACUUUUGGAGGGUCGCUUGCGUCUGUUCGCGGGGCUGUGGGCGGAGUUGAGGCCUUGGAGGCUGAGAUGUGGUUCUGCGCGUGCGCGGACGGCUGUUAACUCCGCGGUCAGUUCCCGGACUUGUGACUGGUCUGUAGGGUUGACCUGCGCAAUGCAGAGGCUGCAGGUAGUGCUGGGCCACCUGAGGGGUCCGGCCGAUUCCGGCUGGAUGCCACAGGCCGCGCCUUGCCUGAGCGGUGCCUCGCAGGCCUCGGCCGCGGACGUGGUGGUGGUGCACGGGCGGCGCACGGCCAUCUGCCGGGCGGGCCGCGGAGGCUUCAAGGACACCACCCCCGACGAGCUUCUCUCGGCAGUCAUGACCGCGGUUCUCAAGGACGUGAAUCUGAGGCCGGAACAGCUGGGGGAUAUCUGUGUCGGAAAUGUGCUGCAGCCUGGGGCCGGGGCAAUCAUGGCCCGAAUCGCCCAGUUUCUGAGUGACAUCCCGGAGACUGUGCCUUUGUCCACUGUCAAUAGACAGUGUUCGUCGGGGCUACAGGCAGUGGCCAGCAUAGCAGGUGGCAUCAGAAAUGGGUCUUAUGACAUUGGCAUGGCCUGUGGGGUGGAGUCCAUGUCCCUGGCUGACAGAGGGAACCCUGGAAAUAUUACUUCGCGCUUGAUGGAGAAGGAGAAGGCCAGAGAUUGCCUGAUUCCUAUGGGGAUAACCUCUGAGAAUGUGGCUGAGCGGUUUGGCAUUUCACGGGAGAAGCAGGAUACCUUUGCCCUGGCUUCCCAGCAGAAGGCAGCAAGAGCCCAGAGCAAGGGCUGUUUCCAAGCUGAGAUUGUGCCUGUGACCACCACGAUCAAUGAUGACAAGGGCACCAAGAGGAGCAUCACUGUGACCCAGGAUGAGGGUAUCCGCCCCAGCACCACCAUGGAGGGCCUGGCCAAACUGAAGCCUGCCUUCAAGAAGGAUGGUUCUACCACAGCUGGUGAGACUGGUCCGGGGUGGGGGUGUGAGAAAGGAGGCCAUGGCCAUGCUGGGUGCUGUACUCUGGGAACCUGGAAUAGACCAGGCCCCUCUGCAAAGCAGAAGUGGGAGGGCUGGGAUGUCCUCAGCCCCACCCCGAUGUCUUCUUACCCCAACAGUUUGCCCCUAGGAAACUCUAGCCAGGUGAGUGAUGGGGCAGCUGGCAUCCUGCUGGCCCGGAGGUCCAAGGCAGAAGAGUUGGGCCUUCCCAUCCUUGGGGUCCUGAGGUCUUAUGCAGUGGUUGGUGUGCCACCUGACAUCAUGGGCAUUGGACCUGCCUACGCCAUCCCCGUAGCUUUGCAAAAAGCAGGGCUGACAGUGAGUGACGUGGACAUCUUCGAGAUCAAUGAGGCCUUUGCAAGCCAGGCUGCCUACUGUGUGGAGAAGCUACGACUCCCUCCUGAGAAGGUGAACCCUCUGGGGGGUGCAGUGGCCUUAGGGCACCCACUGGGUUGCACUGGGGCACGACAGGUCAUCACGCUGCUCAAUGAGCUGAAGCGCCGUGGGAAGAGGGCAUACGGAGUGGUGUCCAUGUGCAUCGGGACUGGAAUGGGAGCCGCUGCUGUCUUUGAAUACCCUGGGAACUGAGUGAGGUCCCCAGCUGGAGGCGCUACGCAGACAGUCCUGCUGUUCUAGCAGCAAGGCAGUAACACCACAAAAGCAAAACCACAUGGGAAAACUUAGCACUGGUGGUGGUGGCAGUGGACAGAUCAAGGCACUUCAAUUCAUUAGGAAAAUGUGAACACUGAUGACAUGGUAUAGGAGUGGGUGGGGUGUUGAGCCACCCAUCAGACCCUCUUUAGCUGUGCAAGAUAAAAGCAGCCUGAGUCACCCAGGCCACAAGGCCAUGGUUAAUUCUUAGGGCAAGGCAAAUUCAUGGAUGAGAAGUGCAAUGGGCAUAGUAAAAGUGCAUG